AUGCCAAUCCCAAUCGAACGAAUUCAAGCAGUUGAAAAUGAAAUGGAACGAGAACGUCACUCGAAACAUAAAAGUGAUAAUGAUGAUGAUGAUAGUAAUUAUCGUUAUACAACAACCAUGACUCCACCAAAUCAAGAUUUUUCAUUUUUAAAAAAACCUCCACAACCAAAACGUUCUGUUCAUUAUGAUAUUGAACCUAUUGAAGAUUUUGAAAAUCGACCAUUAAAAACACGUCAUGAUAAUGAACAACAAUUUGAUAAUGUUUUACGUCGACGAUAUAUUGCACAUUGGGGUUUGCCAGAAUGGCUUGGUGAUAAUCAUUUUCUAUUACAAAAACAUCGUCCACCAGCUAAUUCUGUUCGAGAAUGUCUUAUAUCAAUAGCAUCAAUACAUAGUGAAACAGUCAAUAUUUGGACACAUUUAAUUGGUGCAUUAUGUGUUGCUGUUACAUAUACACUUUUUCUUAUUGAUAAUCAUCGACAAAUGGAUUUAAGUGAUUAUAUAGCAUUUAGUAUGUUUUUUUUAUCAGCAAUAUGUUGUUUAACAUUUUCAACUUUACUUCAUGUAUUUAUUAAUUAUUCGCCACGUAUUAUGGUUAUUGUUUCCAAACUUGAUUAUAUGGGUAUUAAUAUUUUAAUAUUUGGUUCAAUGAUUCCAGUUAUUCAUUAUUUCUUUUAUUGUCAUAUUAAACUUAAAGCUAUAUAUAUUAGUAUUUUAAUUGUACUUUCUAUUUCAUCAAUAAUUGGUACAAGUAGUGCUGCAUGUUCAAAACCAAAAUGUCGUCCAUUUAAAGCUAUUUUAUUUAUUGUUCUAGGUCUUUAUGGAGUUGCACCAGCAGCUCAUGCAUGCAUUCUUCAUGGUUUUCCACGUAUGUUUCAAAUGGGAUUUUUAUAUUUAGUUAUUAUGGCUGUUACAUAUAUUGCUGGUGGUGUUGCCUAUGCAGUUCGUGUACCUGAACGAUUUUUUCCUGGUCGUUUUGAUAUUGUCGGACAAAGUCAUCAAAUAUUACAUGUUGCAGUCGUAGCAGCUGUUUACUUGCACUUUUAUGGCAUUUGUACUUUAUUUCAUAAUGUUAUUCAGACAGAACAAUGUCUUAUGCCAAUAACAUUAAAACUUGGUGUAACUGAUUUAUCUAUUGCAUCAGCUUCCUCUGUUGAAUCAUAG